CCCCCAACAUAUAUAUAAACAAACUCAUUUCCUUAAUCAAAUCAAACCCAACACAAUUCUCCAUCCAUUCAAAAAAUAUUAUUUCAUCACAAAUCAAAACAUGGGUCUCCUUCAAAUCACAAAAAAAUCAAUCUUUUUCACUCUUUUUGCUAUACUCAUUCCAAUAAUUACUACAAAACUCUUUUCUUCAUAUUCAUCUCUAUCAACUUCAAUUGCUAGUGUCUCUCUCAUAAUCUUAUUGUCAUACAUAUACUUAACUCAUUCCAAGCAAAAUUCUUCACCUCCAAGCCCUUUUUCUGUUCCUAUAUUUGGAAAUUGGCUUCAAGUUGGCAAUGAUCUUAAUCAUCGUAUUCUUGCAUCCAUGUCACAAACUUAUGGAUCACUUUUCCUACUCAAACUUGGUUCCAAAAACUUGGUUGUUGUCUCUGAUCCAAACCUUGCAACACAAGUACUUCAUUCACAAGGUGUCGAAUUCGGUUCUCGUCCUCGUAAUGUUGUCUUUGAUAUCUUCACUGGUAAUGGACAAGACAUGGUUUUCACUGUCUAUGGUGAUCAUUGGCGUAAAAUGCGAAGAAUCAUGACAUUGCCAUUUUUCACUAACAAAGUUGUGAAUAAUUAUAGUAACAUGUGGGAACAAGAGAUGGAUUUAGUUGUGAAAGAUCUUAAGGCUAAUGAGAUUGUUAGAAGUGAAGGGAUUGUUAUAAGAAAACGUCUUCAAUUGAUGUUGUAUAAUAUCAUGUAUAGAAUGAUGUUUGAUUCCAAAUUUGAGUCUCAAGAAGAUCCUUUAUUCAUUCAAGCUACAAGGUUUAACUCUGAGAGAAGCCGUUUGGCACAGAGUUUUGAGUACAAUUAUGGUGAUUUUAUACCUUUGCUUAGGCCAUUUUUGAGAGGGUACCUUAACAAGUGCAAAGACUUGCAAACUAGGAGGCUUGCAUUUUUCAACAACUACUUUAUUGAGAAGAGGAGAAAAACAAUGGCAGCCAAUGGGGAGAAGCAUGAGAUAAUAUGUGCAAUUGAUCACAUAAUAGAUGCUGAGAUGAAAGGAGAAAUAAGUGAAGAGAAUGUGACUUACAUAGUAGAAAACAUAAACGUUGCUGCAAUAGAGACAACACUAUGGUCAAUGGAAUGGGCAAUAGCUGAGUUAGUGAAUCAUCCAAAAGUCCAAACCAAAAUACGCGACGAGAUAUCAGAAGUGCUUAAAGGCGAACAAGUUACAGAAUCAAAUCUACACCAAUUACCAUAUUUACAAGCCACAUUGAAAGAAAUAUUAAGGUUGCAUACACCAAUACCACUAUUAGUACCUCACAUGAAUCUUGAAGAAGCUAAGUUAGGAGAGUAUACUAUUCCUAAAGAGUCUAAGGUAGUUGUUAAUGCAUGGUGGCUUGCAAAUAAUCCAUUAUGGUGGGAAAUACCAGAAGAGUUUAGGCCAGAGAGAUUUUUGGAAGAGGAAAAUGGAAUUGAUGCUGUUGCUGGUGGAGGGAAAGUUGAUUUUAGAUUUGUGCCAUUUGGUGUUGGAAGAAGAAGUUGUCCUGGAAUUAUACUUGCAUUGCCAAUAUUGGGAUUGGUUAUUGCAAAGUUGGUGUCAAAUUUUGAGAUGAAUGGUCCAAAUGGGACUAAGAUUGAUGUUAGUGAAAAAGGUGGACAAUUUAGUUUGCAUAUUGCUAACCAUUCCACUGUUUUGUUCCAACCAAUUCAUUAGAAGCUUCAAGAUGUCUUAACCUACCAAUGUUUUCUUACAAGGAUUUGUUUCUUUUUUUUCUAUUUUGAUUUUUGCAUGUAAUGUUUCAUUAUAAAGCCACUUUCAAUUCAGGUGUUAUUACUACUA